AUGGAAGAAGGAAAGAAGGGCUUUUUCUCUCUUUUUCCAUUCUCAAAUCGAGCUUCAAGACCGCAUUCUACACCUUCAUUUCAUGGACCUCAGGGUGUUAGAGGCGCUUGCUUGAAGCGUAUUGUGUUGGCCUUCAAACCAACUACUAACUCACAUGCGCUCCCUCCCUUGGCCUCCUCUCAGCCGAGAAAGAGGGCUGUUAUUCCAGAACUUGACCAUGCGGCGAUAGUCUUGAAAACCAGGACAGGGUGCGUGUGCUAUGUACGACCCCGGGUGGAGGCCUUCAUGUCACAAUGUACCCCUGAUUCCCCCAGCAAGGUUGUUCCUGCAGUUGUGAUCCACAGACAGCCUCAAGAAUUAUCUUCGAAGACGAUACAGGGCUAUUUUGAUCAUUUCCAAGAUUCUGAUGACGUAUUUCAAGAGCAAUUUACGAAAAAUGCAUUUCUUGUGCUGCCGAAAUCGAUUAAGAGCCAGCGGGGGCAAAGAGAGGAAGCUACCCUGGACAGAAAGUCGGCAGAAUUGUUUGAUAAAGAAGACUUCUCGGCAGACUUGACUAACUAUCUCGAUUCAAAAUCACUGGUACCUUGCGACCUAGAAGAAGAACUUGAUAUUCCCGAAGGUCCCUAUUUUGUCGUCGGUAAAAGCCUGCAUCAAGCAUGGCGUCUCUAUCCCGAUAACCUCGGCGCCUUCUCCACAGCGGUUAUUCCUGAUGAUAUCAACACCACACCUGGUUGCUCAUAUACACAGGUAUUUCGGGAAUUAGAAGGCUUAGGAUUCGCUGGGGUGGCUGUACCGUCACGGCUCUACUUCAAGAAGAGCGACAAAAAGCCAUUGAAUGGCAUAAGAAUUUCCGUGAAAGACAAUAUGCAUCUGAACGGGGUGGUCACUGGUCUUGGAAAUAAGGCAUAUGCCGAACUCUAUGGCCGGCAAAGCGAGUCUGCGGAGCUUAUUCAAUCUCUUAUAAACAAGGGAGGAGUCAUUGUUGGGAAAACAAAGCUUUCAGCCUUUGCAGGAUCUGAAAUCCCACCAUCGCAAUGCAUUGACUACAAAUCACCAUGGAAUCCUCGUGGAGACGACUACCAGGGUCCAUCUGGCAGUUCUAGUGGAGCAGCUGCAGCAGUAGCUGGAUAUACAUGGCUAGACGUUAGCAUUGGAACUGAUACCACUGGAAGCGUACGACACCCUGCUACAAGUCACGGAACUUGGGGUCACCGGGUGACUUGGAACGACACCCAAUGGGGUGGGAUUGUCCCAUCAUGCUCACUAUUGGAUACCGUUGGAAUUAUUUCCCGGACGACGGAGGAGGUCAGGGACGUUCUCGGGGCAUUAGGCGCGCCCCAAAGCAAACAGAAUGGGCCAACCAUUAUACUCUACCCCAUUGAUUGGUUUCCUCUUGCCGACGAAAACCAGCAACGCAUGACCGAAGUCUUCGUAAAAGCGCUUGAAAAUCAUCUAGGAGUCGCGCAUACCAAAAUAUCUCUAGCUGAAGAGUGGUCCAAAUCUGGCCCGGAGCAGCUACGAGAUAAAUCCCUCUCCGAAGUUUUUGAUAUGGCCGCCUCGUUGGUCGGCUAUGACUUCUAUCACAAUUUUGACGAUUUUCGGUUCCAGUACUUUCAAAAAUUCCAGAAGCCUCCAUCCAUACACUCAUUUACAGAGACUAGGAAGCGAGACGAAUCCAGAACCCUAGAAGAGCGUUCGAGGGCAUUUCAAAUGAUUCUACGUUUCCGAGUUUGGACAUUCGAGAGGUUAUUUUCUGUCAGUGCCAACGGAACUUGCCAAACCAUCAUGAUAGUCCCACAGGGUCGACCGGGAGCAAAUUAUCGUGAUAUUGAACCAAAAUCAGAACCAAAUGGGAAGCCAAUACCUCGCCCAGGUCCUAUUUGGUUUACAUCAAUAACAGGUGCUCCGCAACUACUUGUUCCAAGAACCGACCUAGCUCUCCUCAAAGUGGCCGAGGACACAUUGAGGAAGGCAGGGUGGCCCACGGACAUCCUGACAGGACGAUUCAUGUUUGAGGUUGGAGAUAAUGAGCGAUUUUCCAUUCCGUCCGAGAAUUAUCUCAAGCUCUGA